GAACCGGACGUUUGCAUCUGCCGACCCGGCUACAUUGGCCUCCGCUGCAGCGACUGCGAACCGGGCUACACGGGCGAGCCGUUGACACUGAUCCCCUGUAGACCAUGUGACUGUAAUCCGGAGGGUUCACACCAUUCUGUCUGUGAUAAAGCGACCGGCCAGUGUCCUUGCUAUCCAGGAAUCACUGGCAAGCAGUGCGACCAAUGCCGCGCCGGUUACGUGGUGGAACGAGGCCGGUGUCGUGGUAGGUCUUUAGUCACUGAUGAAUGGCAUGCUUUACAAUCAUAUGUUGCCUGGAGUGACUUGCUCCAAAUCUACCAAUGCUAG